GUUUCUAUUAGCAGCACGACUCAACUUUGCCAUUAGCGAUUUACAAAUAGUCAGUGUCUUAAACUAGUGUUGUUAUGUUGUUAUAAAAGUGCCUAAAAAAAUGAAUUUAAAAGAGUUUCCUUCUCCUGGUGACCGCUAUUUGCUCGAAGAUGUCUUGGGUGUUGGCGCUUUUGGCAAAGUAUUUUCAGCGACUGACACACAAGCAGGAAAUAACCAAGUAGCUAUUAAAACACAAAAAAACUCGAAAAAAUUUCAAACAUACAUAGAACAGGAAUAUAAAGUUCUGAAAGAUUUAUCUUGGCACGUGAAUUUGCCAGAUUUUUACGCAAUUUUUUGCCAGGAAGACAAAGUCUGGUUUGUUUUAGAGGUAUGCAGUGGUGGAUGUGUAACAGAUUUGGUCCAGAACCUCUUGGAAAAAAAUCGCCGCAUGCGAGAAGAACACAUUGCAUAUAUUUUAAAAGAAACAAUAAAGGCCGCUAUAUUCUUGCAUGAAAACUGUUGCAUUCAUCGUGAUAUUAGAGGCAAAAAUAUAUUACUGACCAAAAACGGGGACGUUAAAUUGGCCGAUUUUGGCUUUUCCUGUUUUUUAAAUGACGUUUUAGACGGUACAAAUGAGUGUUUAGGAUCUCCUUGUUGGUUAGCUCCUGAAGUUAUUACAUGCAAAAGAACGAAAAAAAAAUACGGAAAUAGGGUCGAUGUUUGGUCACUGGGUAUUACCGCAAUCGAAUUAGGGGAUGGAGCAGCUCCUUACCACUCAAUGCCACCAUCUAGAAUUUUAUUUCAAAUAAUUACAAAUCCUCCACCAACAUUGUACAGAAAAUUUAAUUGGUCUGAAAAUUACAUCGACUUUAUUAACGAGUGUUUAGUAAAGAAUGCCGAGCAUCGACCAUACAUGGUGGAGGUGAUAAAUCAUCCAUUUUUGAACCAAGUGCCUGAAAAUAACUAUCAUCUUACUCUGGAAAUAAAAACUUUAAUUGAUGAUUUAGAAGUUGUGCCUUCUGUAAGCCCAAAAUCUGUUGAAGUUGUAAUAAUUGAGGAAUAUGUUAAAAGCGGUUUUGAUGGGGCUUUCGAAAAAAUACUUGGUGAAGAUUUAGCAUCUUUAGAUUCUUUAGAAGAAGAGGAUGUUAUGAAACUGCUUGAAGCACGAUUUAUGACAGGACAAUUUCAAACUUUCAUUGGCGAUAUUUUGCUUAUUAUAAAUUCAAGCGAAAAAAUGAACGUUUAUGGUGACGAGUUUCACCGCAAAUACCACAUGAAAUCGCGUUCUGACAAUGAACCACACAUAUUUGCCGUUGCUGAUAGUGCUUAUCAGAACGCACUUCAUCACCACAUUUGCCAGAAAAUCGUGUUAUCGGGAGAAAGUGGUUCUGGAAAAACGACAAAUUUUUUCCACUUGAUAAACCAUCUACUUUUUCUUGGUCAAAAUGACAACAUUAAUCUCAGAAGAAUUAAAAAUGCUGCUCAAUUAAUUAAUUCUUUAACAACCGCUGCGACGCCUGUCAAUAAAUAUUCCACUAGAUGCGUGUUCAAAAUCGAUGUUAAAUAUGGAAACACGGGAAAAGUCAGUGGUGCCGUUUUCAACAUUUUUCAGUUAGAGAAAUGGAGAAUUUCUUGUAAUAGCAGCACGCAAGGCACGUUUUAUUUUUUAUAUUCGGUGUUCGAAGGACUGCAAACAAAUCAAAAAUUGGAGAAAUAUUUAUUAAAUUCCGCUUUUGAGUAUAAAUAUUUGAAGAAAUACCAAGACACCAAAAAUGAUCAUUUAAUAAACUUUGAACAGAUAUUAAAAAUUUUUGAAGAUUUUGAGUUAAACGCUUCAGAAGUAGAUACGAUAUUAUCCAUAAUGUCAUCCAUCUUAAUUUUGGGUGAAAUGUCUUUCAAAAACCUCGAAACCCAAUUGGAAAACGAAGAUAAAGAAUGUAUUGAAAAAAUUGCUCAGUUACUACAAAUCGAUCCUUGCAAAUUUCAUUGGGCUUUGACCAAUUAUUGCCUAAUCAAGAGAGAUGUUAUAAUAAAAAGAAAAAAUACCGAAGACGAUGCAAAAAGUAUACGAGACGUAUUCGUCAAUAAUUUAUAUUUAAGACUAGUUGAUUACAUUGUUAAUACUAUUAACAACAGAUUGUCUGCAGGACGAAAAAUAUUUGGCGAAACAUAUUCGAUUCAAAUCCUUGAUUAUUUCGGCUUUGAAUGUUUCAACGAGAAUUUUUUAUCACAGUUAUUCGUCAAUUCUUUUAACGAACAAAUGCAUUAUUACUACACACAAAGAAACUUUUUUUGGGAAUAUUUAGACAUGAAGGACGAGGAUUUAAGUUAUGACAUUUCUUCACUUUAUUAUGACAACAAAUUGUGUCUUGAUGAAUUAUUGGGUAAAUCAGAAGGUGUCUUUUCUGUCAUAGACGAAGCUUCUAAAAUGAACCAGAAUGCAAAAUACGUUAUUAAUUUUAUCGAAAACUGUGAAAAAAAGUUUGUAAAAGUCGUGGGAAAAUUGGAAUUUUCAGUGGCCCAUUAUACUGGAAAAGUAACUUACACUGCAUGUGAUAUAUGUGAUAAAAAUCGAGAUUUUCUCCCGGUUGAAGUGAUUGAAACUCUUCGUUUGUCUGACAAUUCAAUUGUAAGGUCACUUUUCACAAAUAAACUCAACAAAACUGGAAAUUUAAUUGUUUUAAAUGGGGCCACUGAUAAAUCAAAAUAUAAAUUUGCUCCGAAAAAGCCAACACUUAAUCAAUAUUCUCAGAUUAAGCACUUGACUACAAGCGUGAGGAAAUUUAAGGCGCUUAGUGUGGACUUACUCAAAGAUUUGUCAAAAGGAUCUACUCAUUUCAUUCGUUGUGUAAGACCAAACAUGCAUCAGAAUCGAAAAAAUUUCGACUGUGGAUUAGUUAAGCAACAAAUCCGGGCCCUAGAAGUAGUCGAAACUGCAAAAUUGAGGCAAAAUGGUUAUCCUUACCGGAUUUCUUUCCACGAGUUUUUGAGGAGAUAUAAAUUUCUUGCGUUUGACUUCAACGAAAACGUUGAAACUAACAGGGAAAACUGUCGGCUGCUUUUGAUUCGUCUUGGAGUGGAAGGCUGGGAGAUUGGAAAAUCAAAAGUUUUUCUCAAGUAUUACGUUGAAGAAUAUCUGUCUAGAUUAUUUGAAACGCAAGUUAAAAAAAUUACAAAAAUACAAAGCAUAUUGCGAAGAUUUUUGGCCAAAUGUUUGGUUACUAAACGACUCCAAGACAAAGAAAAAAAAUGCUGCGUUUCAGGCUUAGAAUAUGUGGAAACGAGGAAAUACAAAAUGAGUGCAGAAGAGGCUGCGACCAUUAUUCAGAAAGCUUACAGAGAAUCAAAUGUGAAAAAAUCUUACCAAGAGUUUGCCGAGGAUUACAAAAUUUUAGACGAAGAAACGUGCAAUUUUAUUAGAAAAUUUGCCCUCAAAUGGAAAAAUAAUACAAUCUUUCGUAUUUUACUUCUGUAUAAAUCUGUAAGAUUUCAGGAUUGUUUUAAUUUUUCCCAACAGGUUCAUUUGUAUAACAUCGGCACUUUUUAUGGACUUGAAGAGAUUAAUCAAGCAAUUUCGUUAGAUAAUAUCGAUUCAAAAGCAAACAUUUCCGUUUGGUUGGGAGAAAAUUCAGUGGCUUUGCAAAAAAUGCCUUUUCGCCUAGAUGAAAUACCCUUUUAUGACACCGGCGAAAUGUCAAAUUUAGUACUCAAUUACGAAUUGUUGGAGGAAAAAAACGAUUCCUGGGAUUUACCAUAUCGUUGGAGAAAUUUGAUUUUUUCGAAAUGUGACGAUGCCACACAAACUAAAAGUCCCACUGCUUUACCAUUUGCGCGAGAUUCGACACAACAAGAAGAAAAUAAAAACGAUACAAAUGCUGAAAGCAAUGUAGAGGAAACGGAAACGAAAAAUUUGUUUAAAAACGAGGAGAAAGUAAAUUUCAAUACAAAGCUAGCUAAUGAAGAUUUCGAUUAUAUAAAAUCACCGUCGACAAAAAAAGUUAAGAGGGUAGAUCCUGUAAUGGAAUUGAAGCAAAUGGGUCUAAAAAACGCGUCAGAAAAUGAACCACCCUUUAAUUUUCAAGGAAUGCUAAGAAAAACUAAUUUUAAGAAAGAAGUUAAAAUGGAAGAGAAUAACACAAAAAUACUUCCGUAUUCCUUAAGAAAAACUCCAAUAAAUGGUAAAAGUUACGAAAGCGCUGAAGCCAAAAUUGCCCAGAAUGGUAUUAAAAUUACCAAUAAUGUAGACAUUAUUCAAUGCGACAAGAAAAAGGUUAAAAUACAAUUAGCGCCAGGCAUUGUUUUAGAAGGUUUUGAAGAAGAAAUUUGAUUUUUUUUUUUAAUUUUCUGUACUAUAAUAAAUAGUUUAUACUAAAUUAUACAUAUUAUAUUUAAAAACUGUAACUUACUUCUUACAAAUAAACACAUGUUUAAAUAGUGAUCAUGAAUAUUACAAAUAAAUAAAAUCCAACA